AUGGGUGCCCAACAAUCGAAAAAAAACGUUUCUUCCAAAACAAGUUCAGGAACGACCAACAUCACUAUCACAACAACAGUACCAUCAACACGUCAGCGCAUAGCUCAAAAUUACCUGUUGGUUUGGGCUGAUGCCAAUAUCGAUUUAACCAACAAGGACUGUCAAAAUACGUUGACGCAGCUCCGAACUGUUGUCAACGACGUCAUCAUGUUUAAUCAAUCAGAUGCAUGUAUUCAAUUUCUCGACCAAACGAAUGAUGAACAAGCUUUUGUUAUAACGUCGGGAUCACUUGGUCAACAUUUAGUUCAUGAAAUCCAUGGCAUGUCAACAUUAGAUGCCAUUUACAUAUUUUGUGACAAAGUAUCCUAUCACAAACAAUGGAUCAAGAAUUGGAAAAAGAUCAAGGGUGUUCAUAACGAUAUCAAGGACAUCUGUGACGCUUUAAAGGGAGAUAUAAAACAAGUCAAUCAGGAUUCAAUUCCUAUAAGUUUUGUUACAACGACUGAGGCGGUGUCCAGUGAAAAUUUGAAUCAACUGGAACCAAAUUAUAUGUACACACAAAUAUUCAAGGAUAUUCUCCUUGAAAUGGAACAUGAUCAUGAACAAGCUAUCAAGAUCUUAGCUGUGCAUUGUUGCCAAUUUUAUUCUGACAACAUGACAGAAUUAAAUAUUAUUGAUGAAUUCAAACGUGAUUAUCGUCGAGAACAAGCAAUCUGGUGGUAUACACGUGAGUGUUUUACGUAUCAAAUGCUCAAUCGAGCACUUCGAACAUUAGAUGCCGAUACAAUUAUUAAUAUGGGAUUUUUUAUUCGCGAUCUUCACCAACAAAUUCAUCAACUGCAUGAACAACAACUCCCAGAUUAUCAUGGUAAGCCUUUUCUAGUUUACCGAGGACAAGGUUUGUUGACACAUGAUUUCGACAAACUCAAAAAAACAACAGGUAGUCUCAUGUCUUUUAACAAUUUUUUAUCCACAAGUACGAAACGAGAUAUUUCCUUCCGGUUCGCCAAGGGUGCCUUGAGAAAUACAGAUAUGGUGGGAAUACUUUUUAUAAUGACUAUUGAUCCUCGUGUCUCAUCAACACCAUUCGCUUCUAUUAAGAAGGUUAGUUAUUAUAAGACAGAAAAAGAAAUUCUGUUCAGCAUGCAUACCGUGUUCCGAGUUGGUGCAAUCAAACAAUUAGACAACAAUGAUCCACUUUAUGAAGUUGAACUUCAACUGACUACUGACGAUGAUGAACAACUUCGACAACUAACUAAAUGUAUAAGCGAAGAGGUUGUGGGUGUCACAGGAUGGCAUCGAUUAGGUAAACUAUUACUCCAAACAGGUCAUUUUAAUAAGGCUGAAGAACUAUAUAAAGUACUACUUCAACAGUCAUCGAGCGAGAGUGGUAAAGCGCUUUAUUAUAGCUCUCUUGGAUAUGUCAAACAUUGUCAAGGUAAUUAUGAACAGGCAAUGGAGUAUUACGAAAAAACGCGUGAAAUCCUUGAAAAACCUCUUCCUGCGUUGGGUACUUCAUACAACAACAUUGGUGAGACGCAUAGACAAAUGGGAGAGUACUCGAAAGCACUUUCAUUUUUCGAAAAAGCACUUGGAAUCUAUGAAAAAACUCUUUUUGCAAAUCAUCCUUCGUUACCUAAUUCUUACAACAACAUUGGUUUAAUGUAUUACAACAUGGGAGAAUACUCAAAAGCACUUUCAUUUUACGAAAAAUCGCUUGAAAUCUAUGAAAAAACUCUUCCUGCAAAUCAUCGUGAUUUAGCUCUGUCCUAUAACAACAUUGGUGGUGUGUAUAGUGACAUGGGAGACUACUCGACAGCACUUUCAUUUCACGAGAAAUCUCUUGGAAUCUAUGAAAAAACUCUUCCUGCAAAUCAUCCUUCGUUGGCUUUGUCCUAUAACAACAUUGGUUUGAUGUAUUAUAAGAUAGGAGACUACUUGACAGCACUUUCAUUUUUCGAAAAAGCACUUGGAAUCUAUGAAAAAACUCUUCCUGCAAGUCAUCCUUCGUUGGCUUUGUCCUACAACAACAUUGGUGGUGUGUAUGCUAACAUGGGAGAGUACUCAAAAGCACGUUCAUUUCACGAGAAAUCUCUUGGAAUCUAUGAAAAAAACCUUCCUGCAAAUCAUCCUGACUUGGCUAUGUCCUAUAACAACACUGGUCUGAUGUAUUAUAACAUGGGAGAAUACUCAAAAGCACUUUCAUUUUUCGAAAAAUCGCUUGGAAUCUAUGAAAAAGCUCUUCCUGCAAAUCAUCCUUCGUUGGCUUUGUCCUACAACAACAUUGGUGGUGCGUAUAAUGGCAUGAGAGAAUACUCAAAAGCACUUUCAUUUUACGAAAAAUCGCUUGGAAUCUAUGAAAAAACUCUUCCCGCAAAUCAUCCUGACUUGGUGAUACCCUAUAACAACAUUGGUGAGGCGCAUAGAGAAAUGGGAGAGUACUCGAAAGCACUAUUAUUUUAUGAAAAAGCACUUGGAAUCUAUGAAAAAACUCUUUCUGCAAAUCAUGCUUCGUUGGCUAUGUCCUACAACAACAUUGGUACUAUGUAUGAUAAAAUAGGAGAGUACUCAAAAGCAAUUUCAUUUUAUGAACAUGCUUUGAACAUUCUCAACAAUGCAUUACCACCAAAUCAUCCUCAUAUUAAAACUACGAAAGACAGUAUUGAAAUCGUAAAAAAGAAAUUAUAA